UGACGAGCUUCAAUCCCCAAGAUCCACCACAGAAUCCGGUGGCGGAAUGGCGACGUCCCGAUAUCUGGAGCGUACUCUCUUCUACGAUUUAAGUCCGACUGCGGAAGAGUAUUACACGAGAUCAGCGGAUGCCAUUUUCGAAAAAGAUGAGAGACGAUCGCAGGUCGAAGUAAGGCUUCAAUCAACGAUCGACCCUUCGUUCUACGAGCGCACGGGAAAACCAUCUAUCGACCCAACAGCAUCGCACAACGAAGACACACACCCCGAACCCAUCGAGAAGAAAAAAAUACCUAUGAAGUCUGGUGUUCUAGAACAGAAGCGAGAAGAUGCAACUGAAAUUACUACACAUGAGGCUCGUGCCCUUACUCAGGAUAUUGGCAAUAGCCGGGAAGGUGAUGAUGCUUGGUCUUUUUCUAGUAAAGCCUCCAGCACAGCUCCACCUAUAGGUUUGGAUCAUCAACUAGGAUCCAAUCCUCCUAUGUAUCCUGGCCCUCCAAAACUGAACAAGAUCGAAAAUCUCAAUACAAGCAUGAUCCGAAGUUUUGGCAAGCACACGCAGCACAGUUUCCGAGUAUUUUAUAUUCGCCAGAGAAAUUCCUUCAGUCGUCUGCAAAUCACCAAAGAGGUGUUCGAGGAGCUUCUGAGUUCUUGUCACGUCUUUCCACGACUGAAGGAGUACGUCAUAGGCCUGGGAUCAAAGUCGAGUGACUCGGAAGUGACACCACUUCCUCUCAAAUUCCGCCCGCUAUACGAAUCUCAAGACAACAGUUAUCAUGGGUUUGAAUGUUCGUAUCUUUUGCGAUAUGCUGAGCACACCAACCGCGGAGGAGAUAGACGCCCAUAUUCGUUCCGCCAAUUCGCUGUCUACCAUAGAUACAAACCAAACAUAACUACUGGAUGUUCAACUUGGAUACUCAUCGGAUCCUCCACUCGAACCGAAAAACGCAUUGAAGAAUUUACCCAUAACACUGACGAUUUAAUGGCUGCGAACCCAUUCGGCCUCCACACAGUAUUCCUAGAUACCGCAAUUGCGAGCUGGUUACCAUUUCUGAGAGAUUUGGACAAGACUGUAACUUAUCAGUCAAACAAAGCCGUAGGAAUCAGCGUAGGAUCUGACGACGACAGUCCUGAAUUCAUAUCCAUCGACUUUGAAGACCACCAGGAGAUGAAGGUGAUUGAGGAUCAGCUUGCGGAGACAAUACUAUUUCUUGAUUCCAUGUUGGACACCGUGACCGUUUUCCGAGAUAUGUACGAGCAGUUCCGCGAACAUCACAUAGAUGCUUCAAGGAUACUGGGUGACUCCCGCAAUUCCUCUUACAACACUGAUGCUGUGGUUUUUGGGUUGAAGGAGAAAGCUCGGGAGAUACAGCAUACACGAAAGAUUGCAGUGUCGCUAUUGUCGAAAGUGAAGAAUACGAGAACAUUGAUAUCGUCAUUGCUUGAGAGAGCUGAAGGAUACAGUCUCCAAAAGCUUGCAAAACAGGGACAAGAUGAGAACACAAUCAUGAGAAGACUGGCAGAGAAAAACAAUCGCGAUUCUUCUAGCAUGCGCGUACUGACAAUCAUCACCAUGAUUUAUUUACCUUGCACUAUUGUCUCAAACUUUUACUCGACCCAAUUCGUGAACCAAAAAGAGUUGGAAAGCGGAGGCACCAAGCUGGAAUACACACAGAACACCUACAUUUUCUUCGCGAUCUCAGUUCCGCUGACUCUACUUACCAUAUCCAUUUGGUAUGUGUGGAUCAAUUCGGAAAAGAUUAUUCAUCUUUUGAUGGAUCGAAUCAAGACGCGCAACGCGGGCAUGGGCGAAGAGAAAGAUGUGUUCCAGCAAAGGGUUUCAUUGGCGGAAUUGCCGCGAUGAUAAGCAGCACGUAUAGUGGGUGGCCUCUAGACUCGACCCCUGCUAUCGUACUCGGC